ACGGCAGACAGCGACCGGGCAGGGAACAAGAUGGGGCCCGAAGGGCAGCCCCUGGGGUUGAAUUCGUCUGAGCUAGAAAGCCCCUCUUUCCUAAGGAGAAGGCCACUCUUGAGAAAGCUCAUCAAACACAGCACCCCUGAGGAGGAAGAGGCAUUCAGUUGGAGCUUUAGGCUCCUGGGAGAUCGCUUGGACCUCAGCGAACGGGGUUCUGCGGGUGGGUCCCCACUUCCCGUGCAUUUCCAGGGCCGCUGUACCCACUUGACAGGGGUCAACUGUAUCACCCCCUUCAGAAGGAAGAGACUUUCUACUGUUUGGGCUUCUGGGGAGUCCAGUAGGCGGUCUGGACCUGAGCAGCACCAAUCCGCUCCUGGGAGGGAAAUGAGUGGGUCGUCCUUGUUGGUGCUGGAGCAGCAUCAGGACGAGUCCCUGCAUAUAAGCUGCUGGCCAGGAUUGCCCGGCAUUUCUAACGUAACCCACAGGAAGAGACGAAACCUGAAGAAGCUGGCUGCUGCGAUGGAGCGAGUCAGGCAGUGGGAAAGGCACCUGCUUCAGAACAUCGAAGAGGCCACCCAGCAUCAACUCACCAUCCAAGUGAGGAAGAAACGGAAACCGGAGGAACUGAAGUUGAACACAGACGAUCAGCAUCAAAUCUCCCCAGGGCAGGCUGCUCAGAACACCAGUGUCCAUGAACGUGGCCACUGAAUAUAAAACCAGAUUUGCAAAUGCUUGCAUCUUC